ACGGAAACAACAUGGCUUUUCUUGCAGAAGUUCCUGAGAGGAAAGAAAGAUUUUCUCUGUUGCUUCUGGAUCCUGGUGAAAUAUACUUUGAGGACUUCAGUGUCUACUUCUACCCUCCUAACUGCCAGCCAAGUGAUUGCGACAGCAAGAAGCAGAGAGGGAGGCUGAAGGUGUGUUCACAUUCUAUAGUAUUUGACCCCCAGGACCUCAAGUACCCUAUUAUCAAGUUAUUUCUGAGGGACAUCAAAACUAUACAAGAAUACACAGGGCCUUUAUUUUCAAAAAAACCAGAUGUGAAGCAUGCCAUAUCAAUUGACAGUAGCCAGGCUACAGAGAUGAAGGAACAUCACUCAGUAGAGCCAUAUGUUUUCAAAAAGGAAGCUCACCAAUACGUGUUCUCACUUAACUAUGUGAAGGUUGAUGACUGUAUACACAUGAUGUGCCAACUACAACGUGCAGCCACCCUUUCUCGAGGAGAGCAGAAAUUUAUGAUUAAUGCCAUUGUGACCUCAAGACAUUCAAGAAUCAAGUUCAACACUAGCUGGCUUGAAAAUCUGUAUGAGAAGAUUGUGCUUGAGACUCAGGGUGACCGCAUUACGCCUCUCGUCACAAAUCCUGGACGUAUAAUGCUGACAUCAUCGCGAUUAUACUUUCAGACCUUCAAUAAUGUAGACCCUGUGCCAGUCAUUAAAAUUAAACUAAGUGAUAUCAAACAGAUUGUAAAGAGAAGGUUCCUGUUACAGCAUGUGGGAAUCGAGAUAUUCGGCAAAGAUGAUGUAAAAAACUCUCAUCUGUACAUCAAACUUCCAUCACGAGAAGAACGAGAUAAUUUAUUCACCAAGAUUCUCAGCCAAUCAGAGACCCAGCUGGAUGACAUUGCCCAAGAUAACAUGACACUCAAAUGGCAGAAUGGACUGCUCUCAAACUAUGAAUAUCUCAUGUAUUUAAACAGUGUUGCAGACCGUAGUUUCAAUGACCUGACACAAUAUCCAGUAUUUCCUUGGGUUGUAGCAGACCAAACAAGUGAAACUUUAGAUCUUUCCAAUCCCGCCACAUUCCGAGAUCUCAGUAAACCAAUAGGUGCACUCAAUGCAGAGAGGCUAAACCAAUUGAAGGAGAGGUAUAGUCAGAUGCCUGAGCCAAGGUUUUUAUAUGGGUCACACUACUCCACCCCAGGUUAUGUUCUCUUCUACCUCGCCAGGAUAGCCCCGGAAUACAUGCUGUGUCUCCAAAAUGGCAAGUUUGACAAUCCAGAUAGAAUGUUCAACAGUAUGAAAGAUGUUUGGAAUAACUGCCUGACAGGUGCCUCGGACUUCAAGGAGUUAAUCCCUGAGUUUUAUAACUCUAAUGGGUCAUUCCUGGUGAAUAAUGAGGGGAUUAACUUUGGGUUGCGCCACGAUGGUCGUCCUGUGGGUCAUGUAGAGCUACCACCAUGGUGCAAUGGGGCACAGGACUUUGUUGAAAAGUUACGUGAGGCUUUAGAAUGUGAAUAUGUUUCAUCACAUCUCCAUGAAUGGAUUGAUUUGAUAUUUGGCUACAAUCAAAGAGGAGAGCAAGCAGAACUACAUGACAAUGUGUUUUAUUACCUUACAUAUGAGGGUGCAGUGGAUCUUGACAGUAUUGAGGACAUCAACGAACGUGCAGGCUUAGAGGCCCAGAUUAUGGAGUUUGGUCAAACGCCCAAACAGCUCUUCACAACGCCACACCCAAAGAAAUUAACCAAAUCUGAAAUUCCCAUUCUGACACCCGAUACACAAGCAGACUCUACCCCUGGUGUGAAUGAGAGCGCUGAAGUCACUGCUGACAAGCAAGAGAAGCAAUCCUUACAAAGUCUAUGCACAAUUGAGCCAUAUGUAAGAUGUAAUCUACAUAAGGGGUGUAUUGCUGAUGUUAUGUUGACCCCAGAUGGGAAAUCUCUGAUCUCAGUAGCACAAGACUCUCUUCUAAAGAUGUACUCCGUCCAAGACAAUAAACAACUAAGAAGUGUGAAUCUCUCAAACAUGGCCCUGUCAUGUUGCGUGUUGAUACCACACACUAAUACUGUUGUCGUUGGCAGCUGGGAUAACAACAUCUAUUUCUACAGUAUUGACUAUGGGAGAAUACUAGACACUGUCUACGCUCACGAUGAUGCCAUAUCUGCACUGAAACUUUCAGAUAAUACUCUCAUUUCUGCCUCGUGGGACUCUACAGUGAAGCUAUGGAAUUUAACAGGGGCUAAAAGUGGAGGUCAGGCUGACCCUGUGGAUGAACUGGACCAUGAGGCAGGAGUGACCUGUAUAGACAUCAAUGGAGGAGCAACUCUUUGUGUCUCUGGUACAAAGGAUGGUACAAUCUACAUAUGGGACAUUCUUGCCUGUUUACCCCUUCAACAGAUACCAGCUCACACAGAGGAGGUGCAUCAAGUCCAGUUUAACCAGGAUAACCAACAGAUCAUAUCAACUAGUGUUGACACCUAUAUCAAAAUAAUUGAUAUAAAUAGCGGGACAGAGAUAUUUGCCAAAUCUUUUCAGGAUGAAAUCAGGUGUUUGUGUUGGGAUGGCAACACUCUGGUUGGCGGUAGCAACGCUGGUGACAUCAUAAUAUGGGACAUUUUACAAAACAAACUAAUAACACAAAUAAAUGCUCAUAAAACAACAGUAACUUGUCUUCAUCUUGAAGGACAAAACUCUGAAGAUGACUUAGAUUCAAAUAGGAAAUUAGAAACAAACUCAGAUAGUGAAACUUGUAGAGGACUCGUCACAGGUGCCAAGAAUGGAGAAAUAAUAUUUUGGCGGACUUCUUCAUAGCCAUGUCAUGUCUUGGAGUAAAUCUCAUAAUGGCCAUUUGGCGGUUUUAUCUUCCAUCUUUAACUAUGCAUUUCUACAAUACACAGAGAACUUGUGUGUAAAUAUGUAAUAUUACGUCCCAAGGAAGAAAUGUCCCAACCUCUAAAUUGGGUUUUCCAUAAAUCUUAUUUUCCUUACACCUUUAAACUCAAGUGAGCAAUUUUAUGAAGUAGUAUUAAAAGGAAAACUUAUCACUAUAAUAGGAUCACAAUUCUACAUGUUCACAUUCAAGUUCUUUUAUCAACAUGUAGUUGAUAACCACCCUAUAUAUUGACUCACAUGUGAGUUUUGAAGUGAUGUGUAUUGUGAGAAGUUUAUCCAUCUGAAGAGGUCUCAUUAUAUACAGUGUACAGGCCCGUAGCCAGGGGGG